CUUUCCCGCAAAAGUUUCAGUUUCAUUUUCUUCGGUCGAAUGUCUGAAUUUGCCUUUAGUUAUUGUUAUGCGAAACCUCUUGUGUAAGAUCGGAAGACCUGAAACUGAAUCGUAGUCUUAAAAAAAUGUCAGCUAAAGCCUUAAAAUUCACUGUGCUAUUUAUGUGCAAUGCAAGUGAUGUGGCUGAAUUUGUAUCUAAUACAAAGGCAUUUUUUAAUGAUUGUUCUUCUGAAAAAUUUACUCAUGUUACAAAGUUGGCUGAUGUCAGAAAGCACGAUAAUGAAUUUGGCUAUAAUAAUGAACUUUAUGAUUUAGAAAUUUCUAUCAUAUGCUCAGAUGUCAAGAGAGACAGUGAUAUUGAAAACUUUAUUUUUGCUAUCAAGAAAAAAUGGUGUAGUGAAGCUAAAAAAAAUGAAUAUUUGAUGUGGUUGAUGUUUGAAAAUCAGAGUGAUAUUUCAACAAACUUUACCAAUUAUUAUGAUAACAUUAAAGCUUCAGAAUUUGCUUUUGGUACAGUUCCUACCAUGAAGAUUUUUGUGCCUCGUUAUCGCUUCCGUGUUGUUCGAACAUCAUGCGUUUUGUGUUCAUUUUCUCACCUUCAGCGACAUUUUGCUGUUUAUAUUUCAAGUUCUCAUAACCCUGCAUGUAAGAAAAAUGGAGAAAUGGGUUACAAAUUAAUAGUUGAAUAUAUCAAUAUCAUUAGGAUCAUAGCAAAUUUUGAUUCUGAGCAAAAUACAGCUGACCUGUACUUUCAUCUGGAAUAUCCUCCUUUAAUGUACAUAAAUCAAGAGCAAAGUCAUGAUGAAGAUUCUGAGUUGCAGCUUCAAAGAAUAUCAAAAGCUAAGCUGAUGGAGUAUACUUCUAAAAAAUUUGAAAGAACUUUUGAAUUUGGUUGUCAGUGUAACUACACAUUUUGUAAGACUAAAGGUAUUGGAAGAACUUUAGUUUUAAAGAUGAGUUUCGAAGAUAAAUUCCAGACACGGUGGAUUAUUGAGCAGUUAUCUGUUCGAUGUUAUAAGAAAACCAAAAUAUAUUUCACCUCUUUAACCACUGAAAAAAUUAAUGAAAAGCUUGAGAAAUUAAGAAGAUAUCCAUGGACACGUAACGCUGUUGUAAAAAAUAUUUCAAGUUUAAUUAAAUUUGAUUGUGAAUAUGCAUGGAAGACAAUACAUACCAAAACUACUGUAGUGUUAAACGAAAUUGCAUUAAAGCAAAAAUAUAAUCAAAAUUAUAUAGAUCAUUUAGCUCAGGAACUUUCAUCAUAUGCAUUCAAAAAUUCAUCAGCUCUUGUAAAAGCCUUGUUUUGUAUAGCUGAUAUGGCAAACAAGGGUUUAAUUUUUACUUUUGAGAAAGCAUUAGCAUUUAAAUUUAAAUAUUUUUGUGAUGUUAAAGAACUGAGAGAGCUCCCCAGAGGAAUGUGCUAUAUUCGUCGAGUUUUAAUUACUCCAUCCAGAACUAUAUUUCUUCAACCAUUUGAACAUUUUGAUAAUCGAGUAAUUAGACAAUUUGGUGUAGAGUAUAUUCUUCGUGUGUCUGUGCAAGAUGAUAAUUAUUCCAAGUUAACUUAUGCUGUUCAUCAUAAUUCACAAAAAGAAAGCAUUAUGGAGGAGGUUGUAAAAAGUAAGUUAAAGAAUGGUCUUGUAAUUGGUUUUCGUCAUUAUGAAAUUCUGGCUUCAUCAUCUAGCCAACUUCGUGAGCAUGGUUUGUGGAUGUAUGCGAAAGACCAAAAUGGUAAUACAGCAGCAUCGAUACGGAAAUGGAUGGGUGAUUUUAGUAGCAUAAAGAACGUUGCUAAAUAUAUGGCAAGAAUGGGUCAGUGUUUUUCAUCUACUGAAGAAGGAGUUCAGAUAACUAUAAAAAAUGAAGAGGAAGUUCAUUUGGAAGACAUUAAAACAUGGAAUGGGAGAUACACUUUUUCUGAUGGGAUUGGUACCAUAUCAACAGCUUUAGCUGAUGAGGUAAGAUUGGCUCUUAUAAAACAUACUGGCGCUACAAAACAUGAAAACAAUUAUAAACCUUCAGCAUUUCAGAUUAGGUAUAAAGGAUGCAAAGGCAUGAUUGCUGAAAUUCCUGAUAUUUGUGGCCGUAGUAUUGGAAUUAGGCCAAGCAUGAUAAAAUUUGAAUGCUAUACUUCAGAUCAGUUGGAAAUUGUCAAAACAAGUGGCCCAAGAAGAUUAUAUUUGAACAAGCACCUUAUCACAAUUCUCGAACAGAUGGGAGUACCUAAAGAAAAUUUCCUAGAUUUGCAAAUAGAUGUAAUGCUUGAUAUGUUGAAUUCACUGAUUGAUGAAAAUGUUGCACUUUCUCAUCUGGCUUACAACAUGGACGUUUUCUUUCCAUUUGGUGCUCUCCUAGACGCUGGCAUUUCGUUUACAGCUGAACCAUUUUUUAGGUCAUUGUUGUUGGCCUUUCUCAAAUCUUAUGCUGGUCGGAAAAUUAUUGAUACAACUGCAUCUGUGUCAAAGGAGAAUCAUUGCCCGGAUGAUUUUUUUUUACAAAGUCUGGAAGUGAAAAAUUUGACUUUUCUACGCCAGAAGUUACAGCUAAUGUUCCUAAGACAAACCAGGCUUUCUUGAGUUCUGAUCUGGACAUUUCAGUUAUUGACUCUGACGUAGAAGGUAGAAAUACAAGCUCUCUUUUGGGGUAAAUAUGUAUUUCUCUAUGCCAAAAUUAAAAUGUCAUCAUUUAUGUUUUUCUUUUAUGGUGUUACAUUAUGUUGUUUACAUACUGAUAGCUAUUAAAACUGUUAAAUAUAAUAUUGUAGCUAUCAAAAAGAGGGGGAUGAAUUUGAUUUGUACCAAAUUUGGACGUUUUGCAUGAAAGAACUUGAAAAUAAAAGAUUUUUUU